AUGCCACCAGGUGGUAAACAGCCAUCUCCCCAGGUUUCUCAAAAUCCACUUCAGCGCGCCAACGAGAAGCACGAGUGGAACGCGGAGGAGGACAAGCUCAUGCUCAUGCUCAGGGGCGAAGGCAUGAAAUGGAGAGAUGUUUCUCAGCAACUUCCGGGCCGAAGCGCAAUCGCUUGUCGACUGCGAUAUCAGAACUACAUCGAGAAACGAGCGGAUUGGAGUGAAGAAAGCAAGGAUAGGCUCUCUAUGCUGUAUGAGAGGUAA